GGGCGCCGGCGGGCGGAGCGGGAAGCAGACAGCGCCGGCCCGGCCCGGCCCUCCUCGGGAGUUUCGCUUCAGCCCCCGCUUGGGCUGGAAAGAGCUGCACACGCAACCCGAGCCGCUCCCGGCCCGCCUCCGCCUGCAAAGCCGGGAGAGCAGAAGGGGCGGAGCCGGGGGAAGCACGUGGAGGAGGAGCCCGCAGGAGGCGGGCGGAGCUGCUGGAGCGGGGACGGGCGCUUGAAAGGGGAAUCUGUGGCGGGAGGAGGGAGAGCGGGACAAGUGGCUGGGCUGAGCGUGCCCCGCUGGCGCAGGCUUCCCGGCAGGGACCUUCGUGGCGCGGCUCAGCCCGGCGGGAGAGCGCCCAGCAUGGAGCCCGUUACCAAGUGGAGCCCAAAGCAAGUCGUGGACUGGACCAAAGGCUUGGAUGAUUGCCUGCAGCAGUAUGUCCCCAAAUUUGAACGGGAGAAGAUAAAUGGUGAACAGCUGUUACAGAUUUCACAUCAAGAUCUUGAAGAGUUGGGUAUCUCACGAAUUGGACACCAGGAACUGGUUCUGGAGGCGGUGGAUCUUCUCUGUGCACUGAAUUAUGGCCUUGAAACAGACAAUAUGAAGAACUUGGUUCUCAAAUUGCGAGCUUCUUCCAACAACCUGCAGAAUUACAUCAGCAGCCGGAGGAAAAAUGCGAAUUAUGAUGGGAAAACCUCACACAAACCUCCCAAUGAAUUCCUCACCUCAGUAGUGGAGCUCAUUGGUGCUGCUAAGGCCUUGCUAGCAUGGUUGGACAGGGCCCCAUUUACAGGGAUUGCCGACUUCUCAGCGACAAAGAACAGAAUCAUUCAGCUCUGCUUGGAUCUCACUACCACGGUUCAGAAGGAUUGCACUGUGGCUGAAAUGGAAGAUAAAGUUCUACAUGUAUCCAAGAUUUUAAAUGGAAUUUGUGAUAAGAUGAUCAGAUCAACUACAGAUCCAUUGAUGAGCCAGAGUGCAUGUCUGGAGGAGGUUCAUUUAACCAACAUUAAGCCUGGGGAAGGCCUGGGAAUGUAUAUCAAAUCAACUUAUGAUGGAUUGCAUGUAAUUACUGGAACUACAGAAAAUUCCCCUGCUGAUCGAUCUCAAAAGAUUCAUGCUGGUGAUGAGGUGAUCCAGGUUAAUCGUCAGACUGUAGUGGGAUGGCAACUAAAAAACCUUGUGGGAAAGUUGCGAGAGAAUCCUGCUGGAGUUAAACUGCUACUUAAGAAACGUCCUACAGGCUCUUUUAAUUUUACUCCAGCCCCACUGAAAAACCUACGCUGGAAACCACCACUUGUACAGACCAGUCCUCCACCAACUACAACUCAGUCACCAGAAAGCACCAUGGAUACCUCGAUGAAGAAAGAGAAGCCAGCCAUCCUGGACCUCUAUAUACCUCCACCACCAGCUGUUCCAUAUUCUCCUCGAGAUGAGAAGGAGAGUCUCGUUUAUGGAGGAGGUAAUAAACCUAAGCAGCCAUUACCUGGCUCCAAGGGCGCAGAGUCUCCCAAUUCUUUCCUCGAUCAGGAAAGCCGAAGGCGAAGGUUUACUAUUGCUGAUUCUGAUCAGUUGCCUGGGUAUCCCAUAGAAGCAAAUAUACUGCCAACAAAGAUGAGGGAAAAAACACAGUCUUAUGGAAAACCUCGCCCUCUGUCAAUGCCUGCAGAUGGGAGCUGGCUGGGAGCUGCAGAGCCUUUCUUGAGGCCCCGAGCACCAGGGAGAAAAGGUGAAGAUGUCCUCUGCAGGUACUUCAGUAAUGAGAGGAUACCCCAAUCAUUGAAGAAAGUUCCUCCUCGCAGCAGCAUUUUGCAAGCCAGUGGCUGACAGCAGUUAGUGAGGGGCGCAGACUACAUAGAGCAGCAGGUGCUUUGUGAAUACAGAUCUUCAAACAGUGCAACUAUCCUUUCCAGGAGGAAGGAGCUAAAAAACUCUCUGUUACAUCACCCACAAAAUCUUCCUCCACAGAGCCUCACUACUGGUCAGUUGGAUAACAAGACUUAAACUGUUGACUCACUGAUUGUUUAAUGAAUGUGUUCGCAUCUUCUGUUACCAAGGCCUUUGUUUCUCAGUCAGACUUCUUGCUUUUCAGCUACAGUAUUACAUAGUGACUGGUGUUUGCUCUAUCCUGGAGAGUUGUACACACCUCCCCUUUUUGUGGGUGAUUUUUGAUGGCUCUAAUAUACUGGAACAGAGGGAUUGGAUAACGUGAGAUGGAAGUGGGAUAAAGGUCUAGUUUCUUUUUCCUGCCCCAAAGCUGAGGGAAUUCAUUCCUCUGGAAACAAGUAAGGCGCCCGUGAAUCAGAGGUCACAUCUGAUCUGAAAUCUGUAUGACCUGUGCAGAAGCAAUCGUUGCAUUACAAUGAGGUCCAGUGGCACUUCAUUUGCUAAAAUGCUCUGAUGCUGCGCAACCUACUGGGUUGCCAAAUACUAGGGCUCAGCGAAAAUCCGAGCUGUUCUCGGGACCAGAAAGGCAAGAGGGGAAACAUCCAUUUUGUAUAUAAUGUGGGGUUGUGGCAAGUACUGCUGCAGCUUUAACUUUGUAAGGACUAAAGGUAGCUUCUUCUCUGUGAUAACCAGAGAACUGUGUUAGGAAUAUAUUAAACCUGGUUUAUAAUCCAGUUAUUGAGAUCUCAGUACAGGCAAACUAGUUCUCUGACUUGCUGCAGUGCUCAUCCAUAAAGAUGUGGAUUGCUACAACAUGCCAAGGAAGUGCAUCUAUAGAGGUGGUAAAAGAAAUGAUUUUUUUCCUUCAUUGUUUAAGAAUGAUUUGCUGUUAACCAAAGUAUCCAUAUAAAACAAACCCUGCUGGUUUAUGGAACCUCUGUAGUGGUUCAGUUUUUGAACAGAUAGAUCUGUGUUUUCAGAAAGAAAAAUAUGCUGUGAUGCAUUACAGUAGUAAGACACUGGCUAUUUUUAAAUAGCUCCAGUUUUUCCACCUUUAAAAGUCUCGAGCGGCAGCUGGAUUUGGGGAGGGGGAAAAAGCUUGUAAAAUUAGGGUUAUUAAAAAAAAUCUUGUUUAAAACUGAAUGUACAAGAGGUUGUUAGUAUGCAAAAAAGUGGUUAAUUUAAGUGUUAAAUAUAGCUGUAUAUUUUUUUAUUCUUAACCAGAUGUAGUUGUACAUUCCUAUCUACAGCACUGUGCACUAAUUAACCAGUGCCAAAAACAAAUACUGUCAUGUUCUCCAUUAAAUCAACUGCCAAAUGCUGCAUUGGGUGAUCUUGCAGUAAUGACAGUCUCCUGUGUUCCAUCUACAUUAAAGAAAAGAAAAACAGUUUAACAGUUUUUAAA